AUGUUUUACACGAAGAAGCACAGAUUUGCUGUAUACAGAGACUUCUUCCAAGACAUAUUGAGCGAUACGUCGUACAGCUCUUGUGGGCAUGAGCAGGCUGUUGAUAACGCCGAUCAUGAUGGUGACGAUGAUCCAUUUGUUAACGAUGACAACCCGCUGGAUAUGUUUUCUCUAAAUGAUAUUGGACUGACUGUGAGACAAGUAUCUCCAUGUAAGAGGACUCCGUCACCGGUAAAGACCAACUCUCCAGAAUAUCGUGCAGUGAUGAGACAGCCAGCGCCUGUGAAACCAUCGCUAUUAUCGCUGAUCACCACACAGCCAUUGAGAGCAAUUCUUGAUUCAUCGUCGAUAGGCGACACCGCUGUGGAAAUAUCACAACCGCCAAGUACGUCGAUUCAACUCUGUGAGUUUGAACAGCCGCCACGAUCCACUUCUACACCUAUUAAUCCGCUCUUGGGGUCCCCUAUUACGAGUAAUUUGACAGCCACAACUCCUCCCAAAACUCCUCUUAGAACGCCAUUGAACAAGAGACCAAACGACUAUUCCACGCCUUUGUUCAGGUUUCAAUCGCAUGCUAGUUCGAGUCCAUCUGGUAUUUCGUGCGAUGAACAGGAACGGCUGUUUGAAUCGUUUAAGAGCCAGAGCUUUGAUAGUGCCAGUCCAUGUAACCUACGUCUUGUGAAGGCAAGGGAAAACCGUGCGUUUCAUCAUAUGUCAGAGCGUAUUAGAGAUUCCAUUGUCUUUGACAAAAGUGCUUCCCGUGAGACCAGAGACUCCAGUAUGAAUAGAGGGAUUAUGAAAACUCCAAGCUCUAUGAAAGCUGGGGGCUUGGCGAAGAAGGUUAGAAUCAACACCACUGUGGAGUUGAUCACACCACGGAAACAGACAAGAAGGAUGUCCAGUUGCCUGUCGAGUUCACCAGGUUUACCGAAUGUUCGUCAACGGAAACGGGCCAAGAAGAACAUUGUCGAUGAACAAAAGCAGCUUGUUGAAUACAAACUGAUGAUGGAGUUAUGCUCUAAGACGAAGGAUCCAUUGGAUUUACUUAAACGAUGA